UGAGCGAACCAUCAAACCACAACUUGAUGCUGCAUCAGGACCAUUAUGUGCUCAAUUAGACACGCCCCCUUCAAUUCAUCCAAUCAGAUUCCAGGAAGGACAGACGACUUCCUGUUCCCGUCUCUCGCUGACAACCAUGCGGUUCCGUUUCUGUGGGGAUUUGGACUGCCCUGAUUGGGUACUUGCCGAAAUCAGCACAUUAGCUAAACUUUCAAGUGUCAAGAUGAAACUCCUUUGUGCUCAAGUGCUGAAGGAUUUGCUCGAUGAGGGCAUUGAUUAUGACAAAGUUACAAAGCUUACCGCCGAUGCAAAGUUUGAGAGCGGAGACAUCAAAGCUAGCGUGGCGGUGCUCAGCUUCAUUUUCUCCAGUGCAGCAAAGCAUGAUGUUGACAGUGAGUCAUUGUCCAGUGAGCUGCAGCAGCUCGGUCUGCCUAAAGAACACACAACGGGUCUGUGCAAAUCAUAUGAAGACAAGCACUCUGCACUUCAAGACAAGCUAAGAGAGACGAGCCUAAGAUUGGGUCGACUGGAAUCUGUUUCCUGGCGUGUCGACUAUACGCUGAGCUCGAGUGAACUGACGGAGGUAAAUGAACCAAUAAUUCAGCUGAAACUGGAGGCACAAGGAGCAGAGUCAGGCUCUACAGAGACGACUGUCGUCUCCGUCUCUGCUGACAAGUUCAGAGUCCUGCUUGCUGAGCUCAAACAAGCCCAGGCUAUGAUGAAUGCACUACAAUGAAGGCUGGGAAACAAAGUUAAGCUGUCUGACCUGGAACUGGACACACAUGAUGCUGAUAAACUACCAAAAGUGCCAAACUUGCAUCUUGUACAUUGUUUGAAUUUAGUAAUUUCAAGGCAAAGUGAGAAGCUCAUUCCUUAUUAUUUUGAUUUUUGAAGAAUACUGAAUGGACCAUUUUUGUAAAAUAGUGUAAUUAUCUGAUGAAUUGUUGUCAUUACAUUAAAUAACACAUUUUGAUUUGUAUUGUAUGGGUAAUGUCUGUGUUACUUUAAUAAAGUCACAAAUGAAGAAAAUGUAAAACGGA